AUGGGGUUAUUUCGCUGCUGGCUUUGCGGCACACUGCUUAUUGUGGCCGGUUGUUAUUUGUACACGGAUAGCAGAAGGAUUUUGCUGUCCCGCCUCCUGGCCGCGCCCAGUGAACAGCUGAACUCGCUGCCCCAACCGUUGCUUUAUUAUAUAGCUGUGGGUUUGGCCAUCGCUGGAUUUGUGGCUGUUGUUGCCGCCGUUGUGGGUUUCUGGGCGAGCUGUUUGCACACCUACUGCUUCCUCACCAUCUAUUUUCUGAGCGUAGUGGUGCUGCUGCUGGCGGAGUCUGUCAUCUGUCUGGCCAUCACACUGUGGCCCCACUGUUUGGGCAUUAGUCUGGAUGAGGCACAGAUGGUGAAGGCGCUGCAACGCAACUAUGGUGUGCCCGGCCAGGAGCAGUUCACCAAUGCCAUGGACUUGGCCCAGACCCGCUUCGGUUGCUGUGGCAUGCGUAGCUCCGUGGACUAUGACACAGCGCUGUGGCGCCUGCAGGGCUAUGGCCAGCGCAACUGGGCCGUGCCCCUCAGCUGUUGUGUCCUGUCCAAUGCACCACAACCGCUCGCCUUUCUUGAUCCCCAGCCGGCCAAUGAGUCGCAGUGCCAGUCGCUGGAGCGUUCUAUCCACGAGCGGGAACGCUACACGGAAUCGUGCCUGGAGCAUUUGAAUGGCUGGUAUCGGGAGCAAUAUGGUAUCUUUUUGGCCGCCAGUCUUGUGCUCGCCCUAGUGGAGUUCAGUGUCCUGCUGGGCAUCAUACUCACCUGCACGGGCAUUGCCUCGCGACGUGCCCGCUUGGAUAAGACGAUACCUACACUGAGUCAGAGGGGCAGAAGACGACCCACGGCAAAGUCGCGUCAGGCGCUCGUCGACAACAUCUACGAAUCGGAGGUGCAACUGCGUCAUGGAUCUGCACAGGGAUCGGGUGCAGGUCAAGACAUGAGCCGGCAUGUCAGCAGCGAAGACUUCAAGGAGCUGUACGUGCAGCCGAGGGAUCUCUACAAGCAGCGCCAUAACACCACCUUCAAGCCCAUUGCCAGCGAUUAUCAGACGCCAACCAGAAGUUAUUUGGUUUAGCAGAGACGAGAGGAGAAGAGCAGAGGACUAGGUGCUUCAGCUCAAGGGAAAUCACACAAAAUUAAAUAAAUAUGCAAAACCAAAGUAUUAAAACAAAAAAGAUACAAAUAAAGUACUUCAACUUAACUUGUUAUUGAUUAUAUAUAUAACAAAUAAA